UUAUUCGCUGUGAACGAAAUCUCCCUUCUUCCUAUUAUUGAUCAUGUCUGCCUUGUUCAAGUCUGGAGCCAUCCGUGCUCUUCCCGCACUCCAAAAAGCUGGAGCUGUCCGUGCCUUCUCUGUUUCCGCAGCUGCGCAAAGUUCUCGCAUCAAGGUCGCGAAUCCCGUCGUUGACCUCGAUGGUGAUGAAAUGACACGCAUUAUUUGGUCUGACAUCAAGGAAAAGCUCAUUCUUCCCUACGUUGAUGUUGACAUCAAGUACUAUGAUCUCGGUAUGGAGUACCGUGAUAAGACCAACGAUCAAGUCACCAUUGAUGCUGCUGAGGCCAUCAAGAAAUACAAUGUUGGUAUUAAGUGUGCCACCAUCACUCCCGAUGAGGCUCGUGUUGAAGAAUUUGGCUUGAAGCAGAUGUGGAGAUCUCCUAACGGUACCAUCCGUAACAUUUUGAACGGUACUGUUUUCCGUGAGCCCAUCAUCCUCAAGAACAUCCCCCGUAUCAUUCCCGGUUGGAAGGAACCUAUCGUCAUCGGUCGCCAUGCCUAUGGUGAUCAAUACCGAUCCACUGACUUCAUUGCCGAUGGUCCUGGACGUUUUGAAAUGCAAUUUGUUCCCGCAGACGGAAGCGAGCCCAAGAAGUUCCACGUCUUUGAUUUCCCCGAGCAAGGUGGUGUUGGUUUGGCUAUGUACAACACUGACAGCUCCAUUGCUGGUUUCGCUCACAGCUGUUUCAAGAUGGCUUUGACCAAGAACAUGCCUCUUUACAUGUCUACCAAGAACACCAUCUUGAAGAAGUAUGAUGGUCGCUUCAAGGAUAUCUUCCAGGAGAUUUUCGAGAAGGAUUACCAGAAGGAGUUUGAUUCUCGAGGUAUCUGGUACGAGCACCGCUUGAUCGAUGACAUGGUUGCUCAAGCUUUGAAGAGCAAGGGUGGUUUCGUCUGGGCUUGCAAGAACUACGAUGGUGAUGUUCAGUCUGAUAUUGUUGCCCAAGGCUACGGUUCUUUGGGUCUUAUGACCUCCGUUUUGAUCACUCCCGAUGGCAAGACCAUGGAGACUGAAGCUGCCCACGGCACAGUCACUAGACAUUAUCGCGAGCACCAAAAGGGCAACCCUACCUCCACCAACCCCAUUGCCUCCAUCUUCGCAUGGACCCGCGGUCUUGGACACAGAGCCAACCUCGAUAACAACCAGGACCUUCUCAAGUUCUCUCACGACCUCGAAAAGGCUUGCAUUGACACCGUUGAAAUUGACGAGAAGAUGACUAAGGAUUUGGCCCUUGCUAUUCAUGGCAAGAACUUGAAGCCUGAGCACUACUCCACCACUGCCGAGUUCAUGCAACAGAUCACUGACCGUCUUCAAAAGAUGAGAUCUUAGAUAUAUGUAAAAAGGAUAUGACAUUGAACUGUUCCCUCUCAAGAUAUUCCUCUUAAAUUAUGAAUAAGUUGGGGCGAACCCACAAUUGUACAGUACGCAUAGACAAGCGCCACAAAAAUCAUUGAAGUAAAAGGUUGAAAAUGUAAAACUGUUAAAAUUUGGUUUAUUUCCUGGAUAUACGCUCUUG